GAAUCGUUGUCGACUAGAUUAACGCUACCCAAUUGUUUUUUCUACUGUCUGUAUCUGAGUCGUUUAAGGUAGAUUCUGAACGUGUUUUUUCCUAAAUGUUAACUUUUAGACGGUUCUACGAUUGCGUUUUGUUAAUUUUCCAUUUCUUUUGUGAAGAUCCAUUGAUCAUUCCCUAGAGAUAUUUAAAGAACGAGGAAUUUCCUCUUUUUGUCGCUCUGUGUUUAACAUAUGUUACAAGUAUUAUUUCCAUAACAAACUACUUGACGACUGCAGUUGGCAACAUCAGAAAAUGGUACAUAUUUAGAGAAUUGUGAUAGUAGACAGAUGUUUGAGCAACGAUCGUUAUGCUAAGUCCCAAUCUUUUAAUUUCGAGGAAGCCGCUUUAAAAAAUUGUAGGGGAAAAAGCACAAAAAACCCAAAAGUUUCCCCAGAUCUGGGGAAAUCUCCAAAAUUUCGGAGAAAACCUUAAAAUAAUGAGAUUGAAGUCCCAUUGUAGUUCAUGGUGACCUGCGAAAGAAAUUAAGGGUUAUGGGUUAUUAGGUCAGGUCUUUUCUUGGACACUUCGCUACGAUCAUCAUGAACCUUUUCUUUGUUUUGAAGGAUUCUUUGAUGGUUCUGUAUCCGUGAGAUUCCCACCCAAUAAGUGCAUUUCGCGCUUUUUUGGACAACAUCAGAACGACUCUUUGAGUGUGUGGAGCACUUGCCUCUUCGUGACCGGAGUACAGCGGCAAUUCUCUUGAAUCCAAUCUUUUCUGCCUAGCUUGGGUGCAAUCAGUUUCACUGGUUGGGAUGGUGUUGCCGACUCUAUGCUCAAUCUUCCUUCUUAACUCGGGCUUGUGAUUGUCAGUAACUCUAGAAGAGCUAUAGGCGUUGCAAAAAUGUAAUAUUUCUAUAACCUCGUCUGUAUGCAGUCUCGGACAAUCCAAAUCCAAUCACUAGUUCAGGUUACAUUACUUAGGAAAUGAUAUUUUUUAACGAACCCUUAUGAGUUAUCAUUCAGUAAUCUGAUGGCUCCAAUGACUUGAAAGAGUUGUUAAAUCUAUCUUACUAUUCCCGGGAAAGAACAUUCCAAUAUCCUGGAUUGGUCUGCAGUCGCAUAUAAAAACCACAAUUACGACGAACUCAAGUCAACUUCCUUGAAUUUUUUGUUAUGGUGGUUUUGAAAUUCUUUCACACACUGACCUUAUUACACAUCACACACUUAUGCCAAUUCAUUUACAAUUUUUUCAAUACCUCUCCUCAUUAUGAUCAUAAUUUUAUGGUAACAUUUCAAUACAAGUUAUUUAGUAUAUAUUUUACUCUUAGACGACCUCCCAUCUAUAAAUUUGGUCUGACUAUUGAAUAUACAAACUAUUGUGAUAUAAUGAACUCGACUUAUCUAAGAUAGGUUGGAUAAACGAAGCAUACAACCUGGAUGCUAUUGUCCUUGUAAAUUGUGGUUCCGAAAAAGUUCCCUAAGACUAAGCCUUAUUGUUCAUCCUUUCUUACUGACCUCGUUAGCUCUUCAUUCUUUCCUUUUAUAUCAUUCGUAACUAUUAGCUCCUACAAUUGGUUUUCGCUACUUAGUAAACAGUAGAUUUUGUCUUUAUACACCUUUCUGUAUGUAAGUACUACUCCUAAACCUUUGUUUAGCUCAUAGAUUACAUCAUUUCCCCCUACUUUGUUUACUUAUUGUUUCACCCCAUUAAAAAAAAAUCAACAUGCAUUUCUAACUGUAUCUUCCAUGUAACUACUUGUAACAACAGUCAUGUGGUGUGAAUUUAAAUCUGUCAUCAUUCUUUGAUGAAGGUACUGAUCUUGGUUGUGUCUACACGUUUUCAAAAUGAACGUUCUUAACUACCUUAUUGUCCAUUUUUCUAAAAUGUUCAUAACUUGGGACCAAGAAGUCCUUCUAAAUAUAUUGUCAAGAUGAACUCUACAAAGAUUGUAGUCAUUGUGACCUGAAUUUCUUGGGAACUUUGGCUUAUGCGUCUGUUUGUGUAAGCUUUUCAUCAACUCUUCUUUUUUAUACUCCAGAGAAAAUAAACUGAACAGAAAAGUAUAACUUUGAAUCAAUUUUUUAUUAUGCCUAUACACUCGUAUCUGUGCUGAUUGUACAAUCAUGUGUACUAAGUAGUCAGUGAUUGUGCUUUUUCGUUUAGUUUAUACACCAAUGAUUCAUGAUACUGCUGCUAAUAAUUCUAAAGAAUCAGGAAUAACUACAGGAACCUCAAUUCCUUCUCAUGAAAACCGACCUGGUAACAAUUCUUUACCAUCAUAUCGUAGCGGAGAUUUCUCUAGAACAAUGAAACGAAAAGCAUCUCGAAUCAGUCAUCAUAAAGCUAAACGUGAAAUGAGAAACGCACCAUGGACGCCCGGUGAUGAUUAUUUAUUGAUAAAUUCCGUUGUCAUGGUAUGUAACCUUACAGAAGUGUGUCACACUGUAAGAUUCGCUGUUCAUUUUACGGAGAAAGAAAUUGAACGUCGUUGGCGUGAUUUAUUAUUCGACCCAAUCGUAUCUAGCACUGCGCUGAAAGCAAUCGAGCACCUUCCUUCGUUUAUGAAAUCCCAAUUAGAUAGACAAAUACCAUUCAGUUCACAAGAGGAUAAUAUUAUAGCUCAAAUUUCUUUCUCCGAUGUCUAUCCAGACGGUGUGUUCAAAUCGCUUAAUAUACAUAGUCUGAAUCCCUCCAUAUUUACAGAAAUUUUACGCAAAUAUCCAACAGUAUUCUACCAUGGACGAGAUGAACUAGAUUUAUAUCGUCAGUGGUGUCGUUUCUACAGUUGCCAUUGCAUCGUUGUAAAAGAUGGUGUAAAGUUGAAGUCAAUACCUAACUUUAACACCUCAUUAUCGACUUCACCAGAUGUCAAAACAACAGGUGCGACGACAACAGCAAUAAAAAAUUGUGAUGCAUUAGGUGGUGAUCCACAAAGUUUUUCUGAUACAGAAUUAUUAUUAGAGGAGACAGUAACCAAUGCAGUCGUUGCAGGAAUCCCUAAAUUAACUGAACCAUCGACAGUGUCACGUAGACAACAUAUGCUAAAUCAAACAUCAUAUUAUGGUUUCCAAGGUCUUGUUACACAAACAGUCUUGGAAGUACUCCUUAAAGAAUAUUCUAGUCAAUUAAAUGAUUCACUUGUACAUCCUAGUCUACAGCAUCACUCUUCUCCGACUUCUGCCGCUUCUUCUUCUUCUUCAACAACAACGUCCAGUACACGUGGAACAAUAGCAACAGGUCUAGAGUUGAAAUCGUCAAUCGACCAUGAUCAGAGUCACUCACUACUAAUACAAGAAACAAGUAAUAAAUCACAUUUAUUGUCCUUUAUAAGUUCAUCACCUGUACCACCAUUACUAAGUAAUCAAGAAUUUGAUUUUAAACGUCGAUUAGAAUUACAUCGACGUCGCGGACGUUUGUGGGCACAUUUACGUCGAAAUAAAGAAGAGGCUAGACGUUGGACACGUCUAGUUGAAAUGUUUGUAACUAAUGGUCUAGAAAUAAUGGAUCCACAACCAAUUUAUCCAGCAUUAGCAUCUCUUACGGGAUCGAGAACACAAUUUUUGAUAAAAGAAAAAAAGGUUUUUGAUGUAUUUUUCUCACUCUGUGAUGUGAUAUCAAGAAAGCCCCAUUUUUGUGUUGUAUCGAUGCUCAUGUGGUAGGGCCGCUAUUAUAGGAGUAGUUAUAUGUUAUAUAGUUCGAUUAUUGAUUUAUUCGCCUAGGUUGAAUGUUAGACUUACUUACUUUUUCUGACAAGUAACUCAAUGACAUUGAGAUAGCGGCUGAAGUACAUACUUAACACCGAUUAACCCAGGAAACAGUUUCCCACACUCACCUACUCAAAGACCAGAACAGAACAACACAACAGGUAGAAAAACCUCUGCAGUACCACACAAUUCAGUUCGUGACUCAGAAUUCAUGUGAUUAUAUAGAUUAGUUAUCUGACAGCGCAUCAGCAUAAAUAAGAAAUUAUAGUACGAACGAAACUAUAUUAUACGUGGAAAAGAGAAUACGUAAUCGAUUCGUAAUUACCUCCGGAAAAUUCCCAUUAUAUUAAAAACGCAGUUGUAUGGACGAAGAAUAUUCUUUUCAAUAAUUUCUCAUCAGGUUCUACAAUUAUAAAUCCAAAUUAAUAAUCCAUAAAAUUGACCAGAUUUAAGACAGAGUACGCCAUUUGGAAAUUGUAAUAUGUGAAUUAAGAAUUAUUGUUUGUUAUAUCAAAUCAAAUCGUUAAUGUUGGGGCUGACUAAUCGUAAUUAAUUAAUAAUAACUUGAGGGAGUCAAAACUGAACAAUAGUACACGACAGAACAAUACAUCCAUAUGUUAUCUUCCUCUCAGUCUUGAAUUCCAAUUUCUAUCCAUGUAUGCUUUUCCAUUCAGGUUUUUCGAACCUUACUCUUAAGACUUAGUCUUUCUUCUAAUUUUUGCUACUAGAUUAUUUCGAUCUAAUUUGCUGUUUUUAUUUUGUGGUGCUAUUCAGGUAAUGUCAGUUCGGGCGAAAGAACAUCUGUAUCAUAUUUUAUGUUGAUUAUAUAUAUACUCGGCUUCCGACUAUACUGUUUACUUUACUUAAAGGCUACUCUCAAAAUUUUUCUUUAGUUUUACUCAUAUAGAGAAGACUACUUCCACAUGAGCUACAAAUUUUCCUCAUCAUUUAAAAAAGAAAUUUAUCACACUCUUCCUUCUUUCUUUGCUGAUAUUUUCUAGGUCAUAUUUGGUCGUAAUUCAUUCGUUUAUCAACCGCAUAUCGAUUUAUCAAUGGAAGGUAUUGCCAGUGGACGGAUAUCACGUUGUCAUGGUCAAAUACGCUUAAGUAAAGAUGGUAUAUUUUGGUUAACUAAUUUUUCAUCUCAUACUGUGUAUGUUGAUGGUAACCCGAUACUGACAGGUGAGUACUUGACGGUAAUAAUGUUUUUCUUUUCACUUUCUGUAUUUAUGAAUUUAUUAUGCGUGUGUAUAGACAGAUUGUGAUUCUGACGUUAAAAAUUGUCAUCGUGUAAAUUAGAACAUGAAUAGGAGGGCAAUAUUGUUUUCAAAUGAGUUCUUCGUCAGGUUUUACUCUCAUAUAUACCGAUAUAAAAAUAAAAAAGAAAUAUUUUGUUUUCACGAUAUAAACGAUAGUACGACUAGCGAUCAAGGUUUUGCUAAUACGAUACUGGAUACUAGAUCGAUAUGAUACAAAACAGAUUGAACCACGUUUUACCAGGUACAUGAUUCACAACCAAAAUAAGAGAACCAGAGCAUAGAUUAGACAAUACUUUAUUCAACACAAUUACAAAGCGGUCUACACUUAUUGAGUUCAGAACAGAAAUCAUUAAUAGGAAGGAAAAUCACCAAGUGUAAGCCGAGUAUCUGUUUGCCUGCGCUCAGUGACCAAUCAUAUCUUACUUCCACUAGCCAUACACCAUAUAUAAAAAUAUUUUUAUGGGCAUAAAUGAAGAAGCAUUGAAUUGAUCACGGCAGUUUACGGAUAGAUAGUAGCUACGACGCACGUUGCGUAACCAAACGUAGUCAUUAAGAAAUACAAAUACGGAUCGUAAGGUAGUGUUAGAACUAAUACUUGAGUUAGUGUUUCAACAUAGGAAAGAGGUCAGAGACUUGGGAAAACAAACGUUAACAAAUUAGUGUGAAACUCAAUAAAUGUAUUCACUAUAUAAAGAGAGAGGAGCAUUUUUAGUUCACAUUUGUACGUAACGAGCCAUCUUUUCCGUUUAUUUUCUAGGUGAAAUGUAAUUCAUUGUCACAUUUAUAAAAGUAAAAGUGAUUGUCAAGUGUACUACACCAUAAAACUAACUUCAUAUUGAUAGUGAUGAUAGUUCAUGUACGGUUCUUUUCUCUUCAUCUGAGUGACUCAUCAAUCACAACUUUGUAUCAAUGUUCUCUCGUCACGUAAACUAUCUGUAACCUACCCAGUAAUCAUACUUGUUUCUCAAGGAAAGUGAAAAUAGGAGGAAACAAUCACUCAAGUCGAAGAAUUAGAAUUAAUAGGCAAUUUAAAACGUCGGUGAAGGCUCUGACAAGAUAAAAGUCGUCUGAUCACAUUGAGAAACAAUGCGGACUUGUUUGGGAUGCGAUUCUCUCCCUCUAAACACAAAGUGUUACUUCACUGUCAGCACGCGAAUUAAUGAUAGGAAGGGAAGUAGUUGAAAGUAUCGAAUACUUAACUUAACUUGAGUCCUGAUAAUCUGAUGUUUGACAAAAUCUUGGCACGAAUUCAGAAAAUCCGUUGACUUUUUUCAACUUCGAUCACCUGUGGCAUAGGCGAGAUUAUCCACUUCUCAAAUGAUGGGCGACUUCAUUACUCAGCAUUUUGCUCAGUCCUACUUUACGAGUCUGAAACAUGGUGAUUAAGAAUAGAGGGUAU